AUGACUAGAACAACAACACAAAAGAGGGGUUCGCCCGUGUUGAACCCACAAAAGUUUAUCACUCAAGAAAGAUUGAAUUCUAAGUUGGAUAUCGAUCAAAUAAACACAUUCUUGGAAUCAAACCCCACAAGACAAGCGCUAACGCAUUCGCUCGUUGAACAAAUCAUUUACGACCCUGUCCUCAAGACUGACACAGACUAUUAUGACCAAACAAAGGAACAACUUAGAUUGAACACUGCUAAGAAAAUUAAUAGAUUGUCCAUUUACAUGGAACAUGAUAUUAAGACUGCCAGGGAACAGUUCCGUGAUCAAGAUUUGAUGAAACAAUUACAGACUGAAUCAUCCACUGUCCCACCUUUGACUAACAAGGAUAUUUCUAUCUUUGAUAAAAGACUGUCCUUAGUGGCUAACAUGGAUCCACAAUUGGGUACUCGUGUCGGAGUUCACUUGGGUUUGUUUGGUAAUUGUAUUAAGGGUAAUGGUACCGAUGAACAAAUUAAAUAUUGGUUACAGGAAAGAGGUGCUACUUUAAUUAAGGGAAUUUAUGGUUGUUUUGCCAUGACUGAAUUGGGUCAUGGUUCCAAUGUGGCACAAUUACAAACAAGAGCUGUGUAUGAUGUAAAGAAGGAUUGUUUUAUUAUUGAUACUCCUGAUUUAACUGCAACCAAAUGGUGGAUCGGUGGUGCAGCUCAUUCAGCCACUCAUACUGUAGUUUAUGCAAGAUUGAUUGUUAACGAGAAGGAUUAUGGUGUUAAGACAUUUGUGGUACCACUAAGAGACACUUCCACUUUCCAACUACUCCCUGGUAUUGCCAUUGGUGACAUUGGUAGUAAGAUGGGUAGAGAUGGUAUUGAUAACGGUUGGAUUCAAUUUAGAAAUGUGGUGAUUCCACGUGAAUUUAUGUUAAGUAGAUUCACAAAAGUCAUCCCAAGACCAAAUGGUGCAAACCCAAUUGUGAAAACUGAACCUCAAUUAGACGCAAUUUCAGGUUAUAGUGCAUUAUUAAGUGGUAGAGUUAAUAUGGUAAUGGAUUCAUUCAGAUUCGGUUCUAAAUUUGCCACAAUUGGUAUUAGAUAUGCUGUAGGAAGACAGCAAUUUGCUCCAAAGAAAAAUGCAGAGGAGACUCAAUUAAUUGAUUAUCCCUUACAUCAAUAUCGUGUCCUACCACAAUUAGUUAUCCCAUAUUUGGUAUCUCCAGCAGCAUUCAAAUUAAUGGAUAAUUAUUAUUCAACUUUAGAUGAACUUUACGCAGUUUCUUCUUCCGGUGAUAAGGUUAAAUUGGCAAAAGUCAGUUCUAAAUUAAAGAAUUUAUUCAUUGACAGUGCAAGUUUGAAGGCCACAAAUACAUGGUUAAUUGCCCAAUUGAUUGAUGAAUUAAGACAAUCAUGUGGUGGUCACGGGUAUUCUCAAUAUAAUGCAUUCGGUAAAGGCUAUGAUGACUGGGUGGUUCAAUGUACUUGGGAAGGUGAUAAUAAUAUCUUGUGUUUAACAUCUGCUAAAUCCAUAUUAAAGAAGUUUGUCGACUCUGCUACCAUGGGUAAAUAUGACAAAGAAUUGGAUUCUGAUUCGUUUGGUUAUUUGGAUCCUAAGUAUAUUAUGGGUAUCUUUUCUGGUUCUAGUAAGAUUGAAUUGGAUAAAUUAAGUGGCUACAGAGAUGUUUGGGCCAUUAGUUUAGUUAAAUUAUUGGGUCAUAUUGCCAAAAUUGUAGAAAAAUCAAGAAACAUUGAUGGUGUUUCAAAACUUUUAGUUUUGGUAGCAAAAUUCCACGCCAUCCAUUAUAUGUUGAAGACAUAUUAUGUUAAAUUAUCUAACCCUGGUGAAUCUUAUGUGACCGAUGAGGCUACAAGAGAUGCUUUAUGGAAUGCCUAUAAAUUGUUUUCAAUUUAUUUUAUUGAUAAGCAUUCAGGUGAAUUCCAACAAUUGGAAAUAUUUAAACCAAGAGAAAUUUCUCAAUUGAUUCAACCAAAAUUGAUGGAAUUGUUACCCUUAAUAAGAAAUGAUGCUAUUGCCCUAACCGACGCCUUUAAAUUGCCUGAUGCAAUGAUAAACGCACCAAUUGGUUAUUAUGACGGUGAUAUUUAUCACAAUUAUUUCAAUGAAGUUUGUAAAAAUAAUCCAACUGAAAAGGAUGGUGCCGGUAUUCCAUCCUAUCAUGGGUUGUUAUCAAGUAUGUUGGGUAGAGGAUUUGAAUUUGAUGCUAGGUUGGGUGGCGCUGCUGCUGCAGAAACUUUGGCUCAAUUAAAUAAGUAA